AUGAGUUCCAAGACUGGAGAAUUUUGGUCAGAAGUAAAUUCUGGAUUCCUACUGCUGCAGGUCUGGCCUCAUCACCUCAUGGGAAAGUUAUUCAGUAACCCUUUCCUCAUGAGUCCUGAGUCAGAAAAUAGGAAAGCUGAUGGUUUCUCUUUCUUUAUCAGACGCUUUUCCUUCCGUCCAGAACCAGAUCCUUACUGUCAAGCUAAGUACACGUUCUGUCCCACUGGCUCGCCAAUCCCAGUUAUGAAGAAUGAUGAUGUCAUUGAAGUCUUUCGACUACAAACCCCAGUAUGGGAAUUUAAAUAUGGAGACCUUCUAGGACAUUUUAAAAUUAUGCAUGAUGCCAUUGGAUUCAGGAAUACCUUAACUGGCAAAAACUACACAAUGGAAUGGUAUGAACUUUUCCAACUUGGCAACUGUACAUUUCCCCAUCUCAGACCCAAAAUGGAUGCCCCUUUCUGGUGUAAUCAAGGAGCUGCCUGCUUUUUUGAAGGAAUUGAUGAUGUCCACUGGAAGGAAAAUGGAACAUUAGUUCUAGUAGCAACCAUAUCAGGAAACAUAUUUAACAAGAUGGCAAAGUGGGUGAAACAGGACAAUGAAACAGGAAUUUAUUAUGAGACAUGGACUGCCCAAGCCAGCCCAGAAAGAGGGGCAGAGACAUGGUUUGAGUCCUACGACUGUUCAAAAUUUGUGUUAAGAACAUAUGAGAAGUUGGCUGAACUUGGAGCAGAGUUCAAGAAGAUAGAAACCAACUAUACAAGAAUAUUCCUUUACAGUGGAGAACCUAAUUAUUUGGGAAAUGAAACAUCUAUUUUUGGGUCAACAGGAAAUAAGACUCUUGCUUUAGCCAUAAAAAGAUUUUAUUACCCUUUCAAACCACACUUGUCAACUAAAGAAUUUCUGUUGAGUCUCAUGCAAAUUUUUGAUUCAGUGAUUAUGCACAGACAGUUCUAUUUGUUUUAUAAUUUUGAAUAUUGGUUUUUACCUAUGAAAUUCCCUUUUGUUAAAAUAACAUAUGAAGAAAUUUCUUUACCUAACAGACACAAAACAUUCCCUUGUUUAUAAAACCUUAAUUCUGUUUACUGCUUUUUUCUCCAACCACCAGCAUCUGUUUUUUUAGGGGGUGAUUUUAUAUUUGUGUAUUUCUUAGCCUCUCUUCCUCAGCAGAAUGGUAAAAUGCACAUUGGUAGAAUUGUUGCAUAUUAAAAUCUCAAGACUAUUUUUGGAAAGAAGCUGAAAUUCUUAUUGGCUAAAGUGAACAUAUUAAGUAAUUCUGAUUUCAAUUCCCAAGCCUCUCAGGUAUGGAGAGCAAUGGUUCAUGUCCAAUAUGUAUGUUUUUUUGGUUCCAAUAGUGACAUUUUGAUGGUAGGUGCUAUUUUUUCUAGUACUUAAACAUUUUCAUAUAAGUGUUUUGGUAGUUUAUACCUAUUUUAUUACCUUUAUAACAUUUGAAACUAGACCUAGUACUCCAAUUGUGUUCUAGUCACUGUGUGUGUAUGUGUGUGUGGUACCGGGGAUCGAACUGGGGACCUUGAGCUUGCAAGGCAGGCCCAGCACCACUGAGCUAAAUCCCCAGGCCUGAAAGAUGUAUUUGAAAGGAGAACAGAGAUGGAGAAAUUUUGCUAGCAUAUGUAGUAAAUAGUGUUAAAAGCAAAGAUUCUUUCUAGUUCAUAAUUUUCUAGUUUGUAAUUGGUUUUAUGAUUUAAACAAUUUAACAUCACUAUACCUUAGUUUUCUGAUCUCUAAAAUGAAUCAUGUUUGGAUUGUUGUAAAGAUUAAAGUCAUGUAUGUUUGGCAUAGUUAGGUCAGAGUGAAUGGUGACUGUAAUGAUUAAUCAGUGUUACCUCUGAUCUUAAGUUACAUGCCAGCUCUCCUGGAUUUUGUAAUCAUCCAGACUUUGAGCUCUGUAAUACUUAAGUAGUUCUUUAGCCAUCUGGGGCAUGGGAUUACCUGGCUGCAGAUAUGUCUGAGUAAAGAGAUACUUCUAACUCCUUCCCUGUUUUCUGUAGUCCUCCAUUCUCCCACAAAUGCUGUCAGUGCUGUGGAAGAGGGUAUAUUUUGCAGAGAAAAGACCUCCAAGUCACUGUGUUCAUCUUAGAGACGCCAAACAAGCUUUCAAGAUACUUUAAGUAUGUUAGGAUCAACUGAAUGCCACUUUUCCUAUUCAUGAAAAAUACAUGUGUAAGAGGGAGCUCAGAGGAAACAAUGUUUCAUAUGUAAAUGGACCAAUUAUAUUCUUCAGUUUCAGCUAACAUUUGACUGCUUCCUGAGAGGUUAGUACAUUAUUGAGCUGUCAUAAAAGCCUCAUCAUUGUUUACCUCAUCCACAUGAUUAAAUCAGGGUAUACAAAGGUCAAGUGAUCUUUCUAUGGCUACCCACCUAUUAGCCAGAUAGUGAAUUCAAGUUCUGCUGAUGAAAUUAGAUACAAGUUUUUCAGGGUUAUUGUUGCAACAGUAUGGUCCUUGGACCAGUGCCUGGCUACCAAAUGUUACUGGUCUAUAAAACAAGUGGAGCUACUGAUCGGAAACAUUUUGAAACUUUUAAAGCACUGUUAUUCUGUUGAAUCAAUUUUUUAAAACUCUGGAGCUUGUACUUUGUCUUUGUUAUUUCAUUUGUCUAGGCAUUUUUUAUUGUUUUUCAAGUGUAGGCAGGAGUCUGAAAAUAAACUCAGUCUCGCUUCAGUAGCACAGCAUGACACCAUUCUGCCUAGUCUUCCUCAAAAGCACAGGGAGAAUUUUUUUCCACUGCCCCUCACUUGGCCUACAGUGCCUAUACUAUUCCUAAGUAGGGUAACCUCUUUAACCUGUCCUUGGAAUAUGCCAAGAAACUGGCUCUUCGCAUUAUCACCAUCUAGUGGCUAAACUCAGGCAAUACCAGCUAUUACCAGAUUCCUGACUGCAGUGGUGAGUUAUUCUGGAUUUGCAGAUUUGCACUCCAUUGACAAGCAAAUAUUCUUGUACUGUUUGCAUUAACUGCAAAUCUCAACUUGGUUCUACAACAAAAAUAAAGAUCUUUCUACAUGGAACUUGGCUUUUGAAGUAGGAUUCUAUGUCAUAAAGUACUGAAGAUUUUUCAUUAUUCCUAAUACUAAUAAAUGAGAUUUUAUCAAAGAACUAUAUAGAUUCAGAUA